ACAGACUAAGAGCUAAAACAUACUAAGAAGAGUUGACUUAAUUCCUAACUAGAAAUGGCACAGUGGGAGACUUGGAAAUUACUGAUGAGGAUUUUGGUUCUGGCAUCCUGUAUCCAGUACAGUACAGAAUCCGUGUCUCUGAGUUUUGAUUACACGGGAAUGAUACUUCCUUGGGAGUUUAGAAACCGUUGCACUCUAUUAGGAGGUCAGGUAAUCUUAAAUGAUACAUGUUAUUAUAAUGCCCUGAGUCCCCUUCCUUAUGAGGCUGCCGAGGUCUAUUGCGCAGCUGACGAUGCCUAUCUGUUGUCUGUCGCUACGGUAGAGGAAAAGGAACAUCUGACGACUUAUGGGUUCCUGGGCGCCGACACUUGGCUGGGGCUGAAUAGUCUCGUAAACGAUGAACUAUCCUGGACAGAUGGAUUUUCCUCGAUCUUAGACUCUGACGUCAUGACAGUUUCCGAUUACAACCCCUCGGUGGAGAACUGCUCACUCUACAGUGGCGGUCUGCUCACCUCUGCCAACUGUCUGCAGCCUCACCAAGUUGUUUGCAAACUUAAACACUUUUUUAAGUGUUAUCCCGGUUGGGCAUACGAGGAACAGACGGACAAAUGUUACAGGAUCUUUGGGACCAGUUCCGAUCCCGUUACCUCUGUUCUUGAACCAAAAAACGUCGAUGAUGCGAAGGCCGUGUGCAAAAAGUACCCAGAAGGCCAUUUGGUCUCUUCGUUUGCCGGUUCCUUCUUCGUCAGCUGGCACCCCUUCUGGUCCUUCCUGGGGAGCGAUUUCGAAGCAUGGAUUGGCGCUUACUAUAACAAUUUGUCCCCAACUGGCUUUGUGGAUGACGAUGGAGCCAUCUUGUCUCUGGAGGUCGGUUGGUUGAGUGACAAAGACCAGGUUGACAGGUACAACUGUACUUACUACAACAAGACAGCGGCGGGAUCAAUCCUCCAGACCCGUCUGUACCCGGGGGAGGGAGAUGACUGCUACACCGUUGUCAGACCCUUCAUGUGUGAGAUAGGAGCCCAUGAUGCAAUCUACCCCGGCCAACCUGAAGUAGAGGAACCGCAGGUCGACAACAACAACAACACUAAGGUCCGUACACAGCUUUUCGAGCUGGCAGAGGAUCGAAGGCUUGUGGACAAGUGGCUGACCAACGUGACCGCUCACAGCCGCACGGAGUGUGCCAUGUACUGCAUGAGCCACAAUUCUUGCCUCUCUUUCAACUUCUACUUCCGACCGGAGGAAGGAUCUCUGCACUUGUGCGAGUUGAACACCGAGGCCGUGGAUAACGAAGCUCUUACACCUUUCGCCGGUUACUUCUACGGCUGGAAAAUCACCCAGAUUUAUAGAAAAUAGAAACAAAUCAACUGCAAGGCGUCAAAGAUUUUAUCUUGAAGAAAAGGGGAAACAUUCUAUUAUUAUCGUUAUUUCAUUGUAAAGAUAACAGUAGUUUUGACAGUAUUUUAAAAACGACUGCCACGUAAAUAUAGUGGCGAGAUUCGAUUGUAAACUCAUUUUGAGGGAGCAUAAAUUUAAGUGGAAAUUUACAUUCAAUAUUCAGGCUAUUCGUCGCACCAUAUCAGUUACAUUUGAGGCGGUUUGCCUAUAACAUAAGGGUAAUACAUCUUAAAAUUUUUACUGUAAACAUUUCCGUGGCAUUUAAUGAAAUACUUUGUGCAGAGGAAAACGAACUACACUCAGUAAAAUAACCCUCUAUG